AUGGAGGCUGAAGAUCAAUACUCCUCUCAUUAUUUCAAUCUUUUCGAAGGAGACUCAUCCCAAAACGAUCAAUUCAACCUACAAAACCCACAAGAUGGUCAUGAUCAAGACUUACAUGUUCAUGACCAUUGUGAUCAUCCUGAAGCGAGUGUUGUGAUGUUGGAUCAAGAGAAGAUAUUAAGAAGAAGGGUAUCUAACAGAGAAUCAGCGAGAAGAACGAGGAUGCGCAAGAGGAAGCAGAUAGAAGAGUUGACAAUGCAUGUUGAACAACUCACGACAUCAAACUAUAACUUGUAUGACAAAGUCAUUAGCUUGUUGGAGAACAAUCGUCACAUCUUGCAUGAGAAUUCACAGCUCAAAGAGAAAGUCUCUUACUUUCAUCAAUACUUUAUGGAAGACAGGGUGGUAUUACCAGGAAGCAUGAAUGGUUGUGAAGUAACUGGACAAUCUCCACAUCAACCAACUUGGUAA